UUUGUUUUAACAUUACUGCUCCGAGACUUCAAAGUUUAUCGGUUUCAGAUGCUAGGAAAUAGGAAUAACAAGUUGGGUAGUUAUCUCCCAGUGAACUUGGACUUUAAGGACUUUGUUAUACAAGUUACUGGAAGGGAAGAACAAAUCCAACCGGCCACACUAAACGUGGAGCACAUGAAUUUAUCAGGUUUCAGACCGUCUACUUCUUCUUUUGCUUGUUUACUGCAGAUGUGCCCACGAUUAUACAAACUACAUAUAUACUUUCAGAGUUUCAGACAUACGGCCACCCGGCCCUUUGUUUCCCUGAAUUGAAACUCUUGGAGGAACUUGAUGCUGUGGCUCAAACAUGCAAACUGCUGCAUGUGCUGAAGUUCUGUUUUAAUGGAUUGGGACCUGAAAUGCAUUUCAUCAGGACACUACUUGCCUCCUUUCCGACACUUGAGAAGGUUUUCAUCAUUCGUUACAAACAAUACCGUAAUAAGUUUACCUUGAAAGAAGAGUUCAAAAUCAUGAGUAAGCUUUUGCGUUUUCCUCGUGCAUCUAAAAAAGCAGAAAUUGUUUAUACAUCUUGUAAUAGUCACAUGUAGUACUUGGCUACCCUUGCAAGUUGAAUGUAAUUAGUACUCGGACUUUUUUUUUUUUCAAAUCAACUGAA